UAUAUGGCAGCGGUUAAUGUUUUUGCGGCAAACCGACGGUGGAAGAUCAUGAUUUCUGUUUUUGCUCUCCUGACUGUGCUCGCGCGGAUUCCUUGCGUACUCUAGGCGGUGAAGGUGACUGCCAUUAUCGCAACAUCAUGCAGAGGGCAUGUGCCAACUCGGCUGCUCCAAAGCAUGUACUAUUGAGGCACAAGUCGGAGCAACAGCUUCGCAGUGUUUCACCCUCGAGGCAUGUCUCCGUGUCACAGCAUCCUCCGCAUCCCCCCAAGGCGACGAAGGCCCUCCCCACGGUUAAAGAAAUUACGAGUUCUCUUCUCACUCAACAAGGGAGGUACGAAGGCGAGGACGCUUCUGUUUACAGUACUCGGCGACCCUUCGAACCACGGAACGAAUUCGUUGGCGCACAACAAUCCCCUCUUCCUCAGCGGACCCUCAAGCACUCCUUGCCCUCUAAAUCAGGGCCUAACAAGGGCGUCCGUAGUUCAAUCUUUGCGAUGUUCCGCAAAAAACAGACUUCCCAGCCUGACGCGAAGAUUCGAAGAGAGUCAUCGGUAACUGGAGCGAUAUUACAAGAAAUGGAAGAGGAAAUCGAGGAAGAGGCUGCUUCGCAGAGACUUCUGAACCGCACGGAGGACGGGUCUAGGCCCCCUACCUUGGCUCACCAUCAAGUCAGACAGACUACUACUAUUCGGCGAUCACGUAUCAUUCGUCGCUCGGCUUCGUUCGCAGGCUUGAACAGCCAAAUUGAAAAUCGGAACGGCGAAAGGGGAUCUGUAAUGGAGGCAGUGUUCCAACUUCGUCAAGCGUGGAACGAGACGACAGAUUUCAUACCGGACUUUGAUGAGAGGUCGGACGAGGAGGAUUAGCGAGCCAUUAAUGCCUUUGAAUACUCGGAGCUUGAUAUGAAUAUGCCACACUAUGUACUAUGUUGCGAUUACUUAUCGGCUACUUAUAUUAACUACUUAUGCUAUGAUUUCUAACAACGAUUUCUAUUCUUUGGCUUCUGA